GUUUGUAGUCAAGCAUCGCAUAGACUCAGAGCUGCUGUUUGCCCUGUACUCUUCAUAUCAGCAUCAGAACCAUUCCUUGUAAAAGAACAUCAUGGGGCGAAAGAAAAUACAGAUCUCACGGAUUCUUGACCAGCGAAACCGUCAGGUGACGUUCACCAAGCGUAAGUUUGGCCUGAUGAAAAAAGCAUACGAGCUGAGUGUGCUGUGUGACUGCGAAAUUGCUCUCAUCAUCUUCAACAGCACCAAUCGUCUCUUCCAGUAUGCUAGCACUGACAUGGACAAAGUGCUCCUUAAGUACACUGAGUACAGCGAACCUCACGAGAGCCGAACCAACACCGACAUACUGGAGACCUUACGGAGAAAAGGGCUGGGCCUGGAUGGAGCUGAGCUUGAUCAUGAGGACAACAUGCAGACAGGCCAGGAGAAAUAUUUGCUGAAUGAGGGCAUGGAUCUCUCAAUUUCCAGGCAACGUUACUAUGCUCCAUCUAUACUUCCUUCAGAGUCUCCGAUGCUGAUGAGUGUUGGCUGUGAGAACGGUUACCCAACAAACACCAACCUGGGAGCAAAUAGAUCAUCAUCCUUCAAACCUCUGAGCUCCAGGCCUGGGUCAGCUGGUCCUGCUGGAACCAACCCACACUCCGCACUCAUGGGCACACAUGCAGGCUUCGGCUACUCGAUGUUUUCCCAUGGCAACCUGAGCCGAGCGCUGGAUAUGAAGACUCCGCCUCCACUGAGCUUGACCAAUGAUGGGCGGCGUGGAGAGAUUCAUCCAGGACUGGGUGUGGCUCGUGGCAAUCUGACCAAUGCGAGAGCGCUCUAUCAGAGCAUGCACACUGGAAGCCACAUGAUGCCCAUAGGGAAGGCCUGGAAUUAUGGGACUUCAGAGUUUUGCCACCCGGGUUACGCAGUGGGUUUUCAGCGCAGCUCUGCAAACUCAUGGCAGCCUCUCACGCAGCAGGAGCCACAGCAAUCCGUGAUCCACGCAGGGAUGUCUUCAGGUGGAGGCUGUUCUUACUCAUCCCAAGGCUCCUCCCCAUCAUCCCCGUCCCUCUCCUCCCUUAACCUGAAUAUCAAAUCAGAGCGUGCAUCUCCUGAACACACUGUCUCCCCAGCCACACCUUCCUCCCAUCAUUCACCAGCUGGUGGUCCUGACAGAAUGAGCCGGCCACCUCCCGGGUCAUACGUAUCCAUGGAUAAGGAGGAGAGUGAGUCAACUUUAAAGCACAUGGAGUCCGGGGAUGGCUGGCAGAGAUAACUGUACACACAGCCUCGAUGAGACUUAUUUUAAGAAGUACAUGUACAGUACAAUGUUAACAUAAACAGUGUUUCUAGGUUUCUUUCAGAAAGGAAAUGUAAAACCUGACUGCUCUAAACAUGUUGUCUUUUGAUUUGAAAAAUUGGUCAAGACCAAUUAUAAAUCAAUCUCUUCUCUGGUUUAUAAGAAAUGACGGUAAAAUGGUUCACUUAUAACAUAGGCCUAAAUUAUUACAUGAGUAACUAUUAUCUUACAUUGAGUAGCCAUUGUGCUGAUUUAUUUUCAUCUGUUUCUGAUUGAGGCUUUGAAUAAUUUUAAAAAGGACGCCCCAGAGAUGUCAAAUCUUCUCCAGACAGAGUUAGAGUGCGUGCAAGUUUAAUUCCAAACAUGUAGUCUGUUAAAAAGGGAAGAACAACCACUUAAACAGAUGGUAUAUAGGUGUGGCUUCUGCUUGGUUGUAAUGAAAACUUGCGCGCACACACACACACACACACACACACACACACAUACUGCCACUUUCUGGAGAGGAUUUGACACCUGUGCUCUAAACUGUCUAAAGCCGCUGUUGCCUGAUAAACCAAAAAAUCUCAGGGACUCUGUGAACAUCAUCAAUCUGUACUGCAGCUCAUUUUCUACCUUUUUCCCCUUUGGAUUUCUGUCUCUUUUAUUGAAAAAAAAAAAACGUUGAAAGAUGAUACCUAUUACACACCAACACUUUCUGAGAAAACACAGGGCACAUUGUUACAUGACUGUAGUCCAGAAAUGUCUCUGAAAUCUAUUUUCUUACAUUUUUUUAAACACACUGUACAUAUAUUUUGCAUACAUAACCAUAAAUGGACUGAAAUCCAGUAUCCAACUGUUUUAUACCUGUCUGUUGAUUAUGGCUAUUUUAUUUUAUUAUGAAAUUCUGUUUUUAAUAUUUUAAUGAAUAUUAUACUUUGCAUAGAAAUACUGAUAAUAGUUAUAGUUUUUGUUCUCCUUGUUGCUUACCCUGUGUCAUUUAUAUGGAUUUACAGUAUAUAUAGAGUUGUUUCUGUCUAUGAAAGAAAGCCAGGGUUUAUUAUUAUUAUUAUUAUUAUUAGUUCAGGCUUUUCACUGUUUUUCCACAAGAGGGCAGCACAUAUCAACCACAGAGCAUUUGGCUCAGUUUUAGCUUGUGUGGAUUGUUUCCAUUUUGUAAAAAAAAAAAAAAAGAAUAAUAAUAAAAAGAAAAUAAAAAGUAGUUUCUACACUUGGUUUGUGGCUGAAGUGAGUAUUAUUAAUAUCAGCACGUGUGUUUUUUAUUUUUAUUAAUAUUAAUAAUGUUGUAAAAUUCUGGUUCCGUUCAUUUGAUUCUGUUCACUAUAACGACACGUUUGACACCUUUUGUUUAAGUCGGCUAAAAAUAAAAUGCUGCAA